GAAGAAAAUUCUUCUUCACAGGAACACAUAAGGAGCAGGCCCUUGUUUCAUAAAUCUUAGCUUGGGAAUAUAUCUCCAAAUCAAGAAGGAAACAUCUGCAAUCCAAGCUCACUAGUUAACCUGCAGAUAUGGAUCAUAGACAUUGGCACCUUGCAUUGUUCUGCUUAUCUCUUUUCUUUGGAUCAGGUCUAGGUACAGUCAAAGCAUUGAGAAAUGACUUGGGUAGUCAAUUAGAUGAUGUUCCUAUUGUCAACCCUAUAACUCCAGGCACAGGAAAUCCAUAUCUAAACCCUACAACUCCAGGCACAGGAAAUCCAUAUCUAAACCCUACAACACCUCAACCACCUGACACAACAGGGCAAACUCCCACAACCCCAAACAUAACUCCCACUACACCUACCCCUACUACCACAACACCAACCCCUACUACCACAACACCAACCCAGACCACUCCAGGAACAACUGGGGGUCAAUGGUGUGUUGCUAGGCCAGAUGCUUCAGACACUGCUCUACAGACUGCUCUUGACUAUGCUUGUGGGUAUGGAGGUGCAGACUGCUCAGCAAUUCAGCCAGGAGCAAGCUGUUACGAACCAAACACUGUUCGUAACCAUGCUUCGUAUGCAUUCAAUGAGUAUUACCAAAAGAAUCCAGUACCUACCAGCUGUGAUUUUGGAGGAACAGCAAGCCUUGCAAGCACUGAUCCAAGUAGUGGGAGCUGCAGCUAUGAUGCAUCAUCACCCAAGACAACAAGCCAGAGUCCACCAGUAUAUGUCAGCCCUCCAAGUCCAGUAACUAUAACUCCAACAGUGCCAACUCCGCCAGAUACGACGAUGUAUGGUUCAGAACCAACAGAAAGCCCCAACACAGCUUCAUCUGCUUUUAAUUCCUUGCUGAUGUUGUUUGCAAGUGGUCUCUUGGGUGCACUUCAACUAGCAAAUUACUUCUAGAAGAGAAACAAGCUCCAGUAAUUCUUUUAAGUGAUAAGCUGGAAUUCACUCAGUUUUCCAGGGGUUUUUGCAAAUUUUCAAGGAGUCAGAGUCAAACAAGUCUUGCAAUUAAACUUACUUCUACCUAUCAUCUAUGUGUGGCUGUUAGUUGAUUAAAAACAACAAAAAAGUGAUAGAGCUAAAGGGAUUUAUAGGUUCUUGUAGACAGUUUUUCUGCAGUAGUAGCUUCUCUUCCAUAGAGAAUCCCUGUAAUUAGUAUCUGCUAGCAUGCCAUUUUAUCUAGUGAACAGACUAUAUUACAUUAAAUCAUUUUUAAAA